AUGAGUUUCAACCGUGAUAACGAGAUGGGAGGCGCACACAAUGGUUUCGGUUUUGAGUGCUCCCCUGCCAGCAGCAAGAUGUCUGCGAAGGUUGAGAGAAUGAGAGAUCGUUGGGGUGCAGUCAAGCAGAGAACCUCGCCCAUUAUGUUCCCCCACGCUUGGCUCUUCUUCCUAGCGAUCAUCUUUAUCGCCACUGGUGCUGUUGCUGCUGGAUGGUAUGGCCUCGCGAUUGAAACCAUUCGUCACCAGUCAUUGUCAACCACUUCAACCGUGUCUGCAACACGACAGCCCGCACAACCUAACCUGGAAGCUAGUGCUUUUCAUAUCACUAGCAGCGACUCACAAUCGCUUAUUACUACUCUGGAAUCUGCUACAGUUACUACUGUGAAGACAACGGCCAUGCCAUCUUACCUCGGCUCGAAUGAGCUCAUGCACCGUGGUGAUGGAAAUGGUUUGGAGACACCCCUGGCCAAAGAUUAUGUUACUACGCUCGUGAUCACUACAGUUGUGCCUAUUCUUCAAUCCGAUUCGAGCGUGAGCUCGAGUCCUACCUCGACCGUUCCUACGGCCCAGCCUACUACUGUGGUUGAAACCGAGCCCAUAACCGUAUCUACAACUGUCUAUACAGACCCUACGACUACGGUGCCUCCUACAUCUUCUAUAGAUUCUACAUCGUCAGAAUCAUUUAUCAGUACCAUCGAUGAGUCUGGAACUAUGCAUAUUCCUUCGAGCAUAGUCACGAUUACAUCCACGAGUACUACUACAGUCCCGGCUUCCACCAGUCUUUUGUACUGCCCCGUCGCUAGCCGUCCGAACAUCUGGACCUUAUGUUCUCCUCUCGGCACAGCAGUACCUUCCGCCAAAGCAUCUUCAGCCGGGGUGGACUUUGGCUCGACGAACCCGUUCACCGUUAUCCGCAAGAUGCUCGUAUACGUAUGGGAUGCCGUUAUGGACUUGGUAUUCGAUUUCCUGGAUAACGUAACACUGUACCCCGAGGAUCCCGAACCGCCUCCGAUCCAGAUCUUAACGACUUCCCAGUUCAGCAAGUAUAGUUGUGUUACUUCUGGCAUGUGCGACUGCGAGGCUACGUAUAAGGAUCUGCUUCGCCGAGUCAAUGAGGCGAUUGGUCUCUUGCGCAUUCAGCAGUAUAUGCUAGGCACUAACCGCGGCUGUCUGCUAGUAGAGCAGGAGAAGGGUAUCAAGAAGGUUAUGGAGGUCUUGGGAGGGGAGAAGAAGAAGGGGAUGGAGAAUAAUUCUAACGCAACCUAA